CCUGGCAACUUGACGUUUCCCAUACAAAUCGCGUGUGCCAGUUUUUUCUGGUUCUCUGGUUCUGUCAAAUCGAAAAUCAAGCGACUUAAUAUGUCGAAAGGACGCAUAUUGAAAUAUAUUCUCUUUCAAUUGAUUCAACAAAUGAAAAAAUGAUUCGAAUUUGAAAAUGUUUAGCUCAGUUAUGUAAAAACGAUCUGUUUUCAAAAGUUAAGUCGAUGCAAACGACUCACAGACGUAAAUCUUUGUGUCAUUUAUUAGGUCUAAAACUUCUGGACUGAUCAAAAUAAUCCACUGAUAAUCGGCAGUUUUUCGGAACAAGUAUCCCUUCCACCGAAACUAUUGUGGACAAUCGUACACAAUAAAUGUAAAACAAAACAUUACCACAACAAUCAUCAAGUGAUUUUCAUAAACUGUGAUACAUAUGAAAAUUUUAGAAUAGCAAAACUUUCACAUUAUAGCAGAACAUUUCUUGUUUUAUGGAAAAACUGUUACUAUACAAUAAAUGAAUAGGUAGAUUAUUGAAUGUGUAUAAUAAUUUCGGUUGAAUCUUUUCUUCAUUCAUUCGAAAGUUAUGAAUUUGCCUGAUUCGCACCACAUUUGAUGAUGGGCCCUUUCCAUACGCAUGGCUCGAAAAGUACGUAAACAAGCGGUACACAUGCGACAUCUGCGAUUUUGAAUCAGGCACACGAAACUCGCCAGAACUGUCAAGUUGCCAGGGGGUUGGUUUUGACAGACUUGAAAUCAAACAAAAAACAGUAAAAUUUUCUCUUUCAAUUUUUUUGGAUUUUAUACUAUUUGCUGGAAAAUUGGUGUAUUUUUUCUGUGCGAUCGCAUCAUGAAUUGGAUGGGCUAGCUGAGCAUCAAAUUGUAAAAGCGAUUUUCGUGUUUCUAGUUUGAUCGCCCAAAAUUUGCAAUAUCGAGUCGCCCAUACGCAAAAAGAACAGCUGCGACAAAAGAUUCCUUGACGAUAGGAGCAGAUACCAAAAAAUGAGAAAAUGUUCAACCGACCAAGAUGCCGUGAUUGGAGUCCAUUGUCGACUCAACAACUACGACUGCGAAGCUUAAUACAAAUUUCGGGUCACAACAUUCGCUGCGACUAUCCGAAAUGCUCGAUCUAUUACACAUUGCACACAACAACCAUGUCUGCGCCUUUCUACACCAGUGAAAAGCUGGAUAUCCACAACAACGUGCUAUGGCCGGAAAUCAAUUGCCCAACGAUGAUUAAAUCGUCUCUAAGAUGUGUGUGUGUUCGAGUGUGGCAACACAAGCCGCUUGAGGAGGAAAGCUGUUCGACUAUCACGGAUUCCGACAGCACCAGAGAAACCGAGGACAAAUUGCUCUUCCUGUGGGGAGUUUAUUUCUCUGGGUUGGUUCCAUUGGCUCGAAGAAGUGAAAAACGCCUGAGGGAAAACACUUUAGUUUUCCAGUUGCAUGGAGGGUUUUUCACAUCUGCUGAUAACAUUUUAGACGGAGACGAGCAGAGAAUGUCUCUGAGUUUGGUGCCUGAUGAUUCUAAAACACCAAUGUUUGCCCUUGACGGUGACAGUGGCAAAAAAUUAGGGUUAUUCUACAACAGAACCACUGAUUUGCUCUGUGAUAGUAGCAUUAGCAACAAGACUUCUCAUCAACACUGGUACUCUUCAAACAACCUCCUGGGAAUAGAUGCAAAACUAGGAAAGCAUGAGACAUCUCCUUCAUCAUCGGUGUCCAGCCGCGCGGUACCUUUAUCUAGUUCUCCAGAAUAUCGUUAUACGUUUCCUGUUCGGAACGCUACUGUGAGUCCAACACCAACUGAGGCAGAAAUGAACCUUAAAAUACGUUACAUAUUUAUGGAGUUUUUGAAAUCGGAAAUACGACCCAGCUACGAUGUUCAGAGGCUUCUUGCAGUGCAGGAACGUCAACGGCGAAUAAAAUAUGAAUCUGAAAGCGCGAAAGAGAUAACCGAUCGUAUUUGUAUGAAAAGCGCAUAUUGCCUCAAUCUGGAGCUGUUCUCCGACAAACAGCUUGUUUAUCGAACUCAAUCCUUCAGUCAGCAGAACAGAGGCGGGAUGGGAAAACAAUUGAGUAAGCUGUUGUAUCAAGAACGCGAACCGCUAAAACCCGAAAUACUCCUCAAAGCUCAAGACCUGCGGCGACAGAUUGAGUUGGCUCGGUUUCGAGUGCGAGUACUGCAGCAAGAAAAAGAACGAAUGCGUACCCGGAUUAGGCAGCUGCAGCAAAAACUGACGAACUCAACCGACGCAAAUAUCGACGGAGAAUCCAGCCUUAUGGAUAACUAUAGAAAUUGUGGUCGGGAAAAGGAAAGUCUGUACCAGCAGAAGCUUGCAUACGCAAGCGAGAAAGAAAGCUAUCGCAAUUUACGAGCCAAGGUGCUGAUGGCCAGACAUCGAUUGCUUCGAGGAAUGAACGAAAUUUAUUGUAUCAAGAAGAACAAUAAUGAUACUUACACAAUAAACGAUGUCCCGCUACCAAAUGCCGAAUCCUACACGGAUGCAACGCCGGCGCUGGCGCUAAGCGUUGCCCUCGGAUACGUGGCUCAUGCUGUGAUGAUGUGUUCAUCGAUCUUGAAUAUCCCGCUAAGGAAUCCAAUAAAAUAUGAAGGAUCUCGCUCGAAGAUGAUCGACUGCAUCAAGGUUCUACCAACAGUAGAUCGAGAAUUUCCACUUUACUGCCGCUCGGGACCCCCAACCAAUGCACUUUUGUACGCCGUGUUCCUUUUGAAUCAAAAUAUUUCCCAACUGAAGUACUAUCUUAGCCUCAGUCGAGGUGAUCCUCGAGCUACGCUAGCCAAUCUGCAUGAUAUCAUGAACGUGGCGUCGGCCAACGUGGUCGCAAGUCGCGAUGUCGAAGAUCCAUUCCAGGCCGUUCAAUCUAAUUUGUCUGGUUCGUCUUCGAUCGAAUUGGACACACCCAUUACUUUCAAUCAUCACGAUCAUAUCCCAAACAAUAACCAACUUGCGGUGACAGGUUUCAAAGAGAGCAAUUCUUCACCAAGAAUAUCAAGAUCGGUGGACAACUACGGCGACAACGGGAAAACCAGCAACAACGAAAAGCACAACGGGAAGUUUUCUUCGGACCCUAUUCUGUCGGCCCAGGGGCAGUUGCGCGUUGCCGGAUUCGAUAAAAACUUUUGAGUUUUUCAGGCAACUGGACCAGAUUUCUGUUGACAUUAAUUUAGAAAGUGCUACACACGUGUUGUAUCUAGCAGGCAUAACAGUUUAACGAAUUUGAUUAGCAAAGUUAUUAUUUAUUGGACAAUUGUAGAUAAAUUUUCGAUCAAUAUCUCAUAGUACGUUUAGAGCAGUUGGGGCAUUCAAAUAUAAUGGAACGAAGUGGUUGAAACAA